ACCGUCGAUCGAUCCCAUUCCCAGCUGCGCGCGCUCUUUGCUCCCCUUCUCCCUCUCCGGCCGUCUCCCUCGCCGCCGGUGACCUCGACGGCUGCAAGCUAGCUAGCUCCGGCGCUGCGCUGGCCAACUCGGGACCUGUCGCGCUCGCCUUCGCAACGAACACCUCGUUCUCUGCUGGCGGCAGAGGUGGAUCAAGGCUGUCGAUACCCAUGGCCAUGACGCCGCCGUCCUCCUUCCCGCCGGCGUCCCCGUCGUCGUACUUCAACAUGUCCUCCGGGUUCCUCGACUCGCCGGUCCUCCUCACCCCCAGCCUAUUCGCAUCGCCGACGACGGGCGCAUUCCCCUCGCACCAGUUCAACUGGAUGGGGACGCCGGAGAACGACGGCCUGCAGGGAAGCACCAGCCAGGACGAGCAGCGGCAGUACUCCGGCUUCACGUUCCAGACGACGGCGCCGCUGCCGGCGGUGACCACCACGACCGCGUCCUCCUUCCUGCAGUCGGCCAUGCCCAUGGCUCAACUGGUGGGAGACUCGUACGAGCAGCAGCAGCAACCGUGGAGCUACCAAGACACGGGCAUGAACGGGGGCGCGAGGCCGGCCGAGUUCACCACGCAAUUCGAGCCGCCGACCACGUCGACCAUCAUGGCGACGACGGCGCCCGACGUGCUCGGGAACGGCGCCUACAGCGUCCCGGUGCCGUCGGGGACGGCCGGGUACCGCGUGCAGAGCCGGCGGCCGUCGUCGGACGACGGCUACAACUGGCGCAAGUACGGGCAGAAGCAGAUGAAGGGGAGCGAGAACCCGCGCAGCUACUACAAGUGCUCCUUCGCCGGCUGCCCCACCAAGAAGAAGGUGGAGCAGGCGCCCGACGGUCAGGUCACCGAGAUCGUCUACAAGGGCACGCACAACCACCCCAAGCCGCAGAACCCGCGCCGGGGCUCCGGCUCGGCGGUGUCGUCGUCGUACGCGCUGCAGUGCCACGGGGCCAACGACGCGUCGAGCGACGCGCUCUCCGGCACGCCCGAGAACUCCUCGGCGUCCUACGGGGAGGACGAGAUGAACGGCGUGAGCUCGAGGCUGGCCGGAGCCGUCGGCGGCGGUGAUGAUCAGUUCGACGACGAGGAGCCUGACUGCAAGAGAUGGAGGAGCGACGGCGAGGCGACGAUUAUGGGCGUCGGCAACCGGACGGUGCGGGAGCCGAGGGUCGUCGUCCAGACGAUGAGCGACAUCGACAUCCUCGACGAUGGCUACCGGUGGCGCAAGUACGGGCAGAAGGUGGUCAAGGGCAACCCAAACCCGAGGAGCUACUACAAGUGCACGACGCCCAACUGCCCGGUGCGGAAGCACGUGGAGCGCGCGUCGCAGGACCUGCGGGCCGUGGUCACCACGUACGAGGGCAAGCACAACCACGACGUGCCGGCUGCGCGCGGGAGUGCCGCCGCAGCAGCACGGUACCGCGCCGCGACGCUGCAACCGGCCGCGAGCUACCUGCAGGGCGCCGGCGGCUAUUCCAGCCUUCGCCCCGACGGGUUCGGCGGCGUCGACGGCGGCGGCGCGCCCGCGGAGAUGAGCGGGUUCGCGCUGUCCGGGUUCGGCAACCCCUCGUACUCGUACCCGAGCAUGCAGGAGCAGCAGCAGCAACAGAGCGACGCGAUGUACUACGACGCCUCGAGGACCAAGGACGAGCCGAGGGACGACAUGUUCUUCGGCCACUCGUCGAUGUUCUGACCGGAAAAUUCUCAACGACACCCAUCGAAAUCAAGGAGUAGGAUUGUUCAUUUUUAUCUUUUUUUGGACUGUGUGUGCAUAGGUCUCCGGUCAGGUUAGUUCAUUUUUUUGGAGGCCCGGACAAGGACAUGACUGCCAGAAUGGUGGUGGCACAUGGCCUCCAUUUAACACCUUGCACAAGGAAGAUUAGUAGCAUAGGGAAUAAAGUAGAGGAUCCAUUUACGUUUUUUUCGGCAGUUUGACUGCCUUUUAUUCUCGGUGAAAAUUCGUUGUAAUCAUAUUAAUUUUACCCUUAAUUUUAACACAAGCUUGAAUGAUCUCA